AUUUUACCCCAGCAUUAUGAUGAUUAAGUGCUCAGAUGGACUUCAAUCCUAAUUUUCGCCCAAUGCAGCUAUGAGACACUCCACCAUUUAUCUUGCAUCAAAUUCCGUGGGUUAUGGCAGCGGACGUUGAAGACUGCAAUAUAGGAUGUACCUGCAAUCAGAAGACCGACUGUUUCUGCUUCGCAUCCAAUUCAUGUUGUAGUAUCUCAGUUCGAAGCCAUGUCUCCUCCCCAAAGAGACAGAGAUAUGGACGUUGAUGCAGUCACCGCUGUGACUGCUUCUGACGACUUCCAGCCGAGCAAGAAAAAGCGAUCCAAUUCUGAUGUGGCCGAAUAUCCCCGAAGGCGCGCCACAAUAGCUUGUCAGAUAUGCCGCCUGCGGAAAACAAAAUGCAAUGGGGCGCGCCCAAAGUGCCAGCUCUGUACGGAUCUAAACACCGACUGCGUCUAUAGAGAGCCUGGCAUCAAGCUCGAUGCCGGUGAUAAACUGAUCAUUGAAAGGCUCAACCGUAUCGAGGGACUCUUGCAAUCAAGUCUAGCAAGCCAGGCAGCACAUUGUUCACUGCCCUCAACAUCACCGGCAACGAGUAACGAUACCAAUAUCGGCAGUGAAGAUACCCCGGUUAAGACAUCCAACGCGGCUGUUAUUCCUGGGAAAACGUCAGUUGUUGGACUCGCUUCUUGGGCUAACCCACCCACGAGUAUCUCAACGAUGCCAAAGGUACAUACCACUCCUGCGUUACAUCUGCUACAAUGGCCUCUAAUUCGAGGAUUGGUGGCUGGCCCCUAUGACCCUCAUACACUAUUGCAACUGGAAAUGGCUCGUGAGCCCCUUAGGAUGAGAGCACCUAAGGAGUUGGACUUGACAAAUGCAACGACUUACAUCAGGAAUUUCUUUCGACGUGUCAAUGUUUGGUACGCCUGCGUUAAUCCAUAUACAUGGUCUCGGUAUUACAAAACCGCGAUGUCACUCAGCUUUCGAGAAGGAUCUGAGAGCUGCCUGGUCCUCUUGGUCUUGGCUCUUGGAUGUGCUAGUCACCAUGGUAGUAUUUCCUCUGUCUCGCCAGACAACGAGGCUCCAGGUCUUCCCUACUUUGCGGCAGCUUGGGACCUUCUCCCAAUAGUCAUGAUGCGCAACUCUGUGCCUGCUGCACAGUGUAUCAUACUGACAUCAGCCUAUUUAUUCUACCUAGUCAGACCCCUAGAGGCCUGGACUCUUCUGUCAAAUGCCAGCCUAAAAUUACAGCUACUUUUGGGCAAUCCAUCUCGUGUUCCUCUUCAGUGGAAGGAGCUAAGCGUGCGAAUAUACUGGAACGCUCUGCUCUACGAAAGCGACUUGCUAGCGGAACUAGAUCUACCACAUUCAGGGAUUGUGCACUUUGAAGAGCUAGUUGAUCUUCCUGGAGGGUUUGAGGAGGAGGAUGACGAAGAUGACCAAGAGGCCGAGGACGCACAUGGUGAAAUUGGAUUUGAAACUGAACCUGUUGGUCACGACGAAUUGUGGUACUUCCUAGCAGAAAUUGCAUUGAGGAGAUUGCUCAACCGCGUCAGUCACAUGGUUUAUCAAAAGGAUAGCCCAUUAACUCUUGGGACGCUUGGACCUAUUGUUUCCGAGCUGGACUACCAACUCUCUCAGUGGUAUGAGAGUCUGCCCCAACCUGUUCAGUUUCCUCUUUCCCGUACACCGGUGUCAAACUCUGUCCAGACUGCCCUACGGCUUCGAUAUUUUGCAUGCAGGACAAUCAUCUACCGGCCUUAUAUGUUGGCUGUUUUCGAAAAUGAGCAGACAUCUUCAGAUCCAGUGGUAAAGGAGUGCUGCCGGCGGUGCAUAGAAGCCACAAUACACCAAUUGGAGAAUAUAAAAAGCCACCGCGAAGGUCAUCUACCAUAUCUUUGGCAGGGAGCUCUGUCCAUGGUGUCACAGACGCUAUUGAUCAUGGGGGCUACUAUGUCUCCAACGCUUUCUGUCUUGCUGCCCCCUGCAGACCAAGUGGAUCUGAUGAUAUCAGAAGUAGUGGCAGAGGUUGAGAGAUACGCCCACCUUGCUCCGAGUUUAAAAUUAUCAGCUGAAAUUAUUCGGGAUGCAGAAAAACGACGCCAAAUCUGUUUGAGGUCUACGGGACGUUGAACUUGAUCUACAUUCAUCGUCUGCUUUCGCCUCCUCCCUGGGCCCGGUGGCGGUGUCUUCCCUUGAUGUCAACUCGAAUUUACAUGCAGGUAAAUAUGCAUUAUAUUAAAAUAA